UAGGGGGCGAUAACGAACCUUUCGAAGCGCAAUACUCCACGCAAAAGAAAGUAAAGAAAGCUCUUUUCCGGUACUCGUCAGGAGCAGCGGGUGAACGCAGACUGUUGAAUUGUUUUGUUGUUUUUAAUCCCGCGUGUCGCAAGCUGCAGCGGCCAACAUGUCCGACGCCCUGCCAGUGUGGUUCGCGGUCCAGGCGGAGCUCCUGGGACACGAGGAAGAAGUGGACUCGCAGUCCAAGAGCUGCUUCGCUUGCUACGACGACGACACUUUGUUCGAGAUGUUCCAUCUAACGCGCGCUUGCAUCGAGUUCGUGGCGGACAUCGUCCGUGUCCGCAUGAAACAAUACAUGCUCACGCCCUCAUCCGUGGACAUCAUGAUCAUGAUCACGCUCAAUUUCUUCGCUCUCGGCGCCUCCGCCGUUUCCCUCCUCAGGCGCUUCGACCUGAAGACGGACUGCCGGCAAAUUGUGUGGACGGUGUCCGAGGUGGUCGCCGGUAUGUCGGAUCAGUUCAUCUCCUUCCCGCAGACUCGCAAAGCCAAAGUGGACAUCGCACACAUGGCGGAGGAGUUCUGCGGGAUCCCCGACGUCCUGGGCGUGCUGGCCCCCACGCACUUCCACAUCCGAACCUCCACGCAUGACAAGAACUGGUCGGAGUUGGUACGCCAGCAAUACGUCAACGCGCUGGGCUACAAGUCGGUGGUGAGCCAGAUGAUUUGUGACCUGGACGGCAAUAUUCUGAGUGUGGAGAAGUGUUGCGUGGGCAGCACCAGCGACCAGGACUUGUGGUGCACCUCCUUCCGAGGGCGGGAGAUCGAGGAUGAACUUUAUGGACAAUACUGGGUGAUCGGAGGCGAAGGCUACCACUUGAGCAAACGCGUCCUGACUCCCGUGUCGGACCCCAAAAGUGACGCUCAGAUCCGCUUCAAUGAAGCCCACGCCAAGCUCCACUGCGUGACGCGGACAACGCUGCGAUCCCUCAAGUGGCGCUUCAGGUGCUUGACCAAACUCGGCUUCACGCUGGACAAGUUGACCAAUGUGGUCAAGGCUUGCUGCGUCUUGCACAACAUCGCCAAGAAGUUCUCGGUGCCCCUGCCGCCUGGGGAGGAGAAAUUUGAAGACCCUCAGCCGAGGAAUCCUUGCCAGGGGUCGGCGGCGGUGAUCAACCCCGACGGCUUGAGAGCUCGGCAGGAACUCAUCGAAUCGAGCUUCAGUACUGUACCCGGUCAAGGAGAACCGGAAUAACAUCCAACAGGAGGACAAUGUUGAAUUUUCACACAUGAGGCCGACACUCACCGGACAUUCCACACCUAAUCCAAUACAUUUACCUCAGUGUCCAUUGAACGACCCCAUUUUUAUUAUAUUUUAAAUAAGCAGUGGUUCCAUAUUGGAAGUACUGUGUUCAAAAUCUAGCCUUGAUGCUGGAAUUUUGAGUGUUUAAAACUGCUUUUAGGUUUAUUUACAGGUCAUUGACUACAAAGAUGGAAACAAUAAGAAAAUAAGUAAACUAUUACCAAUACAUUGUACACUGUUUUUUAAAUGCAUAUUAUCUAAAAGAAGUAGUAGCAUAGUGUAAUCUAAAACAGGAAUACUAUUUACAUAGAGAAACAUACUACAUCUUGGUGCAAAUCGAGAUAAAAGUGCUUUUUUUUUUGGUUACCGUGACAAGUAUUCAGGAUUUUUUGGGGGACCUGUGGGAAAAUGCAAGAAGGCUUUCUAAUUCAAACUCUGAGCGUCUAUAAUUCUCAUAUAUAUCACAUAAGCAUUCUCUUUCACAUUUUCACCAGUCUCGCUUUAAGACUUCAGACGGUCCAAGAUGCACUGGUUCAGGAAAACAUACUGGGACUGCAACGAAAGCAGAAGUCCAAGUUGAAAGGUCGAAAGAACAUGCCGGCGUGUGAGCUGUAUUCCUGCCCAGUGCAACUCUUGUGAGAAUAUAGCGAGCGCAUGCCUGUUUGUGUGCGUUUGUGUUACCUCGUUCUGCACCAUGUGUGGCCGCUGUAGUCUCAUUUUGUGCACAAAAGCCUUGACAUUCACUGUCUUAUCUCUGUGCAGCUGUUGAAGCAGAACAUCUAAGGCUAUGAUGGUGCCGGUCCGGCCCACUCCGGCACUAAAAGACGAGAUCAUCCAUUCAUUGUGCCCCGUCUUAUUAUUACAGACAUAUUUGUCGUUUGAAGCACCAUACCUGCAGUGAACUACAAUGGGAGCAUUGUUCCAUUGUGCUUCUAUAUGCUGCCUAAUGAGGCUUCUGAACUGGAUCAGGACAUCUGUACCCUGAGGGACUCCAUGGUCAGGCCAAGCAGUAAAGUGGAAGUGUUUGACCAUCCUCUCCACCAGGUUGUUUCGCUGGAAACACACAUAUUAGGAAGCACAUUUGUACAGCAUUAAAAAAAACCCACCACAUAGUAAUAGUGACCUCUCUUCAACAUUUAUUGGACCAGUCUGUGACAGUGCCAACAUAAAUGUUGAAGUUGCAGGUUCUAUUUACAUUGAGCACACAUUUUUAUGACAUCUAAAAAAAUAAAACCCUGUUGUUCCCCUCUUACUGAUGCAUUAAUUAAGAAAUUGUAAUCAGAUUACAUGUUUCACAUGGAAUUCCCUUAACGUCCAGUUGGGCUUUUGCUGUUCCGAUGCGAUUGUGAUGGUCAGCUCUCCGUGAAGGCAACUUUUGUUUUGUGAAGGCCAGUAACAUUCACAUUUAGUCUGGGGGGAAAAAACAUGUAUUUUACUCAAUACCUUUGUGGAACUAACGGUUGUAUGCAGUGGUGUGGUGUCAGAAUUUUUUAAGUAACAGCCAGACACCCACACAAAUAUUUUCUGUGCAUUAAAUAUGGUAAAACCAACUCCCAUGUGGGUAAAUAUAUGCUAAGCCAGGGGUCAUCAACCCAAAACGUUGAAAGAGCCAUAUUGGACCAAAAAACUAACCUUGUCUGAAGCCACAAAAAAGGAAAAGUCGUAUAUGAGUGUUAUAAUGAAGGCAACGUGCUACGUAAGUGUCUGUAUUAGCUAUGAUAGCCUACUAUCAAAAUAACUAUGUGUUGCAGGCUGAAGCAAAUCUUAGUUGACAGAAAUGUUGACACUUUUUUAAUUUAUUCUGCACAUUCUUACAACAUUACAAACUAUUAGUAAAUCAGAGGUUACUUGAAAGGUGAGAUAAUUCCUGGAAAUUACUGGCUUUUAAUGGCCAAAGGUAUAAAUGUUUGUUUCCAAGUUAAAGGAAACGCCAGGCUGUCUUCUUUUAACAGAUUUAUUACAAUCUUUGGCAAGCUAGGUAAUGUUUGCUGUGGUCUGGAACAACAUGGCACACAACUCUGAAAUGCAGCCAAUAAGAGGAUAAAAGUAAAGAAUAUUAAAUGAGCUCAAAUAUACCUACACAUGAGGCAUAAUGAUGCAAUAUGUACAUACAGCUAGCCUAAAUAGCAUGUGAGCAUUGAUUAGCUUGCAGACAUGCUCUGACCAAAUAUGCCUGAUUUGUAUUACAAGUAAAUAACAUCAACAAAGCACCGCCUUGUGCAUUCACGCACAGCAUAAAACAUUUGGUGGACAAAAUGAGAUAAAGAAGGAGUGGAAUAUGUUCAUGUAAACAAGCUGUUGCGUCACAGUCCACACUAUACUGGGAUGACGUGGCACAGUUGAGAGAGGUGGCCGUGCCAGCAACCUUAAGGUUCCUGGUUUGAUCCCCACCUUCUACCAACCUCGUCACGUCCUCACCCUUCCUCCUGAUGGGUUGUGGUUAGGGCCUUGCAUGGCAGCUCCCGCCAUCAGUGUGUGAACGUGUGUGUGAGUGGGUGAAUGUGGAAAUAGUUUCAUAGCGCUUGAGUACCUUGAAGCUAGAAAAGCGCUAUACAAGUAUAACCCAUUUAUCAUUUACUAUGGUGAGUUCAAGAAACGCCCAAAAUUAGCAGGACAAAAUGAUGUUUGUUCACCAAAUACUGUCAUCAGCGAAGCAUUCACACAGAACAUAUUAAACAGUGGGCUUUCUAACAAU